UGUUCUUCUUCUGCUACGUCCGUUGCCACCAGCGAAGCUGAGCUGCCAUAAGCUUGCCCUGUGAAUCUUCAGGUGUUCAUAUCUUAAUGGAUUGCUGUAACCGAUUAAUUUCUCCAUUCGUCCACUUCCCUGUUUCGUGAGAAUAUUAGCCAGCACAGAUCCUGGGAAAGUUACAUGGUGUGAACGGAAUGUCUGUGGAUGAGAAGACUGAAUCCCCCAUGUAUGUGUAUGAGUCAACAGUCCAUUGUACCAAUAUCCUCCUGUGCCUCAAUGACCAACGGAAGCAGGAUAUUCUCUGUGAUGUGACUUUGAUUGUGGAGGGGAAAGAGUACCGAGCCCACCGGGCUGUGCUGGCUGCGUGCAGUGAAUACUUCUUGCAGGUGUUGGUGGGGCAGACGGAAAAUGACCUGGUCGUCAGCCUGCCAGAGGAGGUCACUGCCAGGGGAUUUGGUCCAUUGUUACAGUUUGCCUACACUGCUAAGUUGUUACUCAGCAGAGAAAACAUACAAGAGGUCAUCCACUGUGCAGAAUUCUUGCGCAUGCACAACCUGGAGGAUUCCUGCUUCAGCUUUCUUCAGACCCAGCUGUUGAACAAGGAAGAUGGCCUGUUCCUGUGCAAAAAGGAUAGCACCUGUCAGCGGAUGCAUGAAGACGAGAACUCCGAAGGAGAAGAGGAAGAAGAAACGAUGGAGUCAGAGACAUCCAAGAUAUCUUGCCCCAGAGAGAGGAUGCACCCAGAGCCCUUUAACUUUGAAUCUGCCAGUUCGGAAGCUGAGAAGGAGGAAGGGAUGCUGCCCAACUCUGACAUACUGAAUGACGGCAAGGACGGUUUGGAUAAGGAAACAGUAACACGGUACCCCAGAUAUAAGAAAUACCAGCUGGCUUGUACCAAGAAUGUCUACAACACAUCACACAUUAGUACCUCAGGUUUCGCAAGCACAUUCAGUGAAGAAAGUUCUGGUGACGGCCUCAAACCAGAACUUGUUGUAGGGCAAAUUAAAAGUGAGCCUAGGAGUGAUGAGAACGAGGAAGAGAACAUCACGCUUUGCCUCUCUGGAGAUGAGCCUGACAUCAGGGAUAAGGAGGGGGACAUUGAAAUGGACCGAAAGCAGCAGAGUCCCACUGGACCAGACAGGCCCAAAAGUGUUUCCUCUUCUUCUUGCCUCAGCUCUUUCUUCAACCGAACGAAAAACAUAGACUUAGUUGGCUUCCCCAGUACUUCCCAGCAGCACUUUGCCAGGAGUCCAGCGUGCCCUUUCGACAAGGGGACAACUCAGGGUGACCACAAAACUGAUUAUGUCCCUUUUGUGGGGAAUUACGGACUCUCCCAAGCUGUUCAGAAGGAUGCUUCCAAUUUUACAGUGGAAUCGCCACCUCUCAGGGGUCCUGGCUUUGUUGAAGGUCUCUGCAAGCAGGAGGGUGAGGGGGACAGGAGGAGCGUUAUUUUUUCUUCAAACGUUUGUGACCAAGUAAACCCUUCGGUGCAUUCAUAUUCUGGUGUGAGCAGCUUAGACAAAGAUCUCAGUGAGACUGUGCCAAAAGGUCUGUGGGCCGGAAGUAGCCAAUCUCUCCCCAGUUGCCAGACCUACUCUCACCUCGGACAGGCAGCUGAUCACCUCACAGGACGGAUGCGGCCUAACACCAGCUGCCCAGUGCCAAUUAAAGUUUGCCCUCGCUCUCCUCCCCUGGAAACCAGAACAAGAACCUCCAGCUCAUGUUCCUCCUACUCUUAUGCAGAGGAUGGCAGUGGCGAUUCUCCCUGUAGCCUCCCUCUGUGUGAGUUUUCAUCUUCCCCUUGUUCCCAAGGAGCUCGAUUCUCGGCGGCUGAGCAUCAGGAGCCCAACAUGAUAGGAGAUGGAAUGUACAACCAAGUCAGACCCCAGAUAAAAUGUGAGCCAUCCUAUGGAACAAACUCUAGCGAUGAGUCUGGAUCGUUCUCUGAAGCAGACAGUGAGUCAUGUCCUGUGCAAGACAGAGGACAUGAGGUGAAACUUCCAUUUCCUGUAGAUCAAAUCACAGAUCUUCCAAGGAACGAUUUCCAGAUGAUGGUAAAGAUGCACAAAUUAACCUCAGAGCAAUUAGAAUUUAUCCAUGAUGUUCGACGGCGCAGUAAGAAUCGGAUUGCAGCUCAGCGCUGCCGUAAGCGGAAACUGGACUGUAUUCAGAAUUUAGAAUGUGAAAUCCGCAAGUUGGUUUGUGAAAAAGAGAAACUUCUUUCUGAAAGGAACCAGCUGAAAGCAUGCAUGGGAGAGCUAUUAGAUAAUUUCUCCUGCCUUUCCGAAGAGGUGUGCAGGGAUAUGCAGAGCUCUGACCAGAUCCAAGACCUGCACCGAUACUGCCCUGUUCUCAGGCCAAUGGAUCUUCCAUCAGCAGCCCGAAUCAAUCCUUUGCCAGCCAGAGUCGAUCAAAACGUAGUGACGUCCCAGUGUGCUGGGGAAGGCUUGCAGUGCUGUUCGGAGCAAAGCCCGGGGCAACCGCUUGGCGCUCACUGGCUCCCCAACAAUGUUUCUGACAAAUGUGCAAGAGCCCUGGAGGGAGCUGACCAAGGUCCUUACGCCGAGCAUGAGCUUCCUCUCGAACAGAAUAACCAAACGGUGACGGUGGACUUCUGUCAGGAAAUGACUGAUAAAUGUACAACAGACGAGCAGCCUAGGAAGGAAUACACUUAGUGGCCAUAUAGCUUUUCUGUUACGCCUAGCAAGGUAUUCUUCAGUCAGCCCGUGGCCACAUUUGUUUGUUUGUUUUAGAUUGAAGAACAUAAUUUGGUGCACACUACAGUGGUCUUAGCAGCAAUACUGUUUUUAAGUAUUCCCUCCUCUCUACAAGCAGGAGUUUAUCUUCUUCACUAUGGUGCUAUCCCUCGCUCAGGCAAGGGAACAAAACAGUGGCAACACUGUCGGUGUUUUUUUUUAAUUGUUGUUAUUGUUGUUGUUGUUAUUGUAUUUUAAUUUCAAUAUUCAACAGGGAUGGACAUAACACCUCUGAGGACCCAAACGCAGCUUUUUUUCUCAGUGGCCCAUGUCACAAAACCCUAACUCAGGAAUUUCCUCUGAAUGUUCAAUUUUUCAUGGAAGACAGCUUCUUUACACAUCAAAGUUUUAUAGCUAAACUGUACAUACUAUAUAUAGUAUAUAUAAAAUAUAUAUCCAUAUGCAAAAAAAAAAUCCCUGCAUGCCUCAAUUUUUCUCACGAAAACAACUGGAAGUUUUCUAAUUUCUAUUGUAUAGACAAAUUCCAACAUUCCUUUUUUUGUCAAUGCUAGAGGUAGUUUGUAACUGUUUUAAUAGUUUUCUUCCACUACUCAGUUCACAAUUCAGCAAUAUCAUUCAGUUCGGAUCUUAUUUAUAAAGUUUUAAUGUUGGAAACCUAUUUGAAAUUUUGAUAUGGACAGCAUUUGUGGCACUCCUGUCUUUUUCUGGUGCCCAUUUUGAGCAAUGUGGGUUUUACUCUGAUUUUCUCACAGAUACUGUACAGCAACGGUCAACUUUGCCACUUGCACUGAGUCUUGGAUCAAACCUCGUUCCACAAAUGAAGUUGUGACGUCUGUAUAACUCAUAUAUUGUAUUCUUUGCUUUCCCAUAUUUUUUUGUAUUUUGUAUUAUUAUUAUUAUUGUCCUUUUUUAAUUAAAUGGGAGGGGAACCCAAGAUCACUCAGGAGAUGUUUAUGUAGGGAAAAUAACAAUCUUGCCAAAUAUGGAACUCGCCCAGUAAUGUGAAUUGGGUGUUUUCUGUAUUCAUCUUUUAUUUUCCAUUUUUUAACUUUCUCAAAUCAAGUUGACAUUAACUGCUUCUUCCCUCCACCUUUUGCUUUCCUUUCAGAGUAUUUGCUAUUUGUUGAGUAUGGUUCAAUAUUUAAUAAGAUCCUUAAAACUGUUUAGGGGCCAGUGGGUGUCACUGAUGCUAAGAACAAUAGCUGAAGGCAAUGGCUGUUUUAUCAGUGAGCACUUCUUCUGUGACUCUCAAUGAAGUUGAAAUUGAGCUUGCCACUGCAUUUCUUAUUCUCUUAUACUGAGCUCGUGCCCUUUUUCCUCCAAGUAGUCCUAUGGGUAACUUUAUACAAUUCCAUUAAAUGCCAUCUCAACCAGAUGGUAUUUGCAAUAUUUAACUACACUAGUUUCCCAUUUGUACUGACUUUAGAUCGAAGUGUGGGAAAUAGUGUAUUUGUGCAAGGUUUCUAGGCCUAGGCUAGUUAACAGAGGCCUUGCUUGGAGCAAUCCUUAACCUGAAGAAUUAAAAACUAUGCAUUUCUAUAGUAGCUUCAUUUCCCAGACGUCAGAGAUGCCAUGUAGUGAGUUCCUUUCACCUUACUCACAUCAGCAUAUAUCUGUUGGGCUCUCAAAAAAAGUUUAUGGGACUAGUUUCAAAAGUAUUGAAACUCAGAAAGAAAUCCAUAGAAUUGCUAUGACUAAUGCGAGCCAGUUUGAUCUUUCUGCAAACAGAAACUGUUUCAUUGGUCGAACU